UUGCAUUCCACGUAGCAGAUUUAAUAAGUGCUGUCUGUGAUGUUUGGCAAGCCUGGUUUGUAUCCAUCUACAAGGUUUGCGAACCCAUGUUGCCGAUUCUUUUCUGCUACAGAACAACUCCCUUGGUAAACCCAAAAGACCAGUGUUUACUUUUCACUGAAAGAAAAAUACCUAGGAGUGGAAUGGCUGGAUCACAUGAAGAUCCUGAAAAGAGAACUGGAAAACAGCUGGAAAGGUGAAAGGAAAACCAAGAAGUGUGUGUAAUCCUGGAAAUCAACUGAGGGAUGUGUUUCAGAAUGGAGCCUGCUUGGUAUACCAGCAGAUAAAGAGAAUAAGGAGAGUGUCUAUCCUUAUUCUGCUUUGCAACUGAUAAGCUACUCUGGGAACCAUAAGGCAUCAUGGGGAAGCGAGAUAAUCGAGUGGCCUAUAUGAAUCCUAUAGCCAUGGCCAGAUGGAGAGGCCCAACUCAAUCUGCAGGCCCAACAAUACAAGAUUAUUUGAAUCGGCCAAGGCCCACCUGGGAAGAAGUAAAGAAACAAUUGGAAAAUAAAAAGAAAGGUUCCAAGGCAUUAGCUGAAUUUGAAGAAAAAAUGAAUGAAAAUUGGAAGAAAGAACUUGAGAAAAGCAGAGAGAAAUUGUUGAGUGGAAAUGAGAACUCAUCCAAAAAAAGAGAAAAAAAGAAAAAGAAAAAGAGGAAAUCUUGUCAAUCUUCGUCCUCUCCUUCAUCAAGCUCUGAUUCUUCAAGCAGUUGUUCAGAAUCUGAGGAUGAGGAAAAGAAACAAGGAAAAAAGAGAAAGAAAAAGAAGAGCCGUUCAUACAAAUCAUCAGAAAGCUCUAUGUGUGAAUCAGAAUCAGAGAGCAAAGAAUCUGUGAAAAAGAAAAAGAAGUCAAAGGAUGAAACAGAGAAAGAAAAGUAUAUUAGAAACCUCAGCAAAAAAAGAAAGAAGACUCAUCCUGAGGAUAAACCUUUGUCAUCUGAGGCCUCAUCAGAAUCAGAUUAUGAAGAGGAAGUGCAAGCAAAAAAGAAGAGAAAACAUGAAGAGCAAGAAAAAGCAAUGGAAAAAGUAAAGAAAAAGAAGAAGAAACAGCACAAGAAACACAGUAAGAAGAAAAAAAAGAAGUCUGGUUCAAGUCAUAAAUCAGGAUGACAUCAAGAAAAAAAGUAAGAUUUCCUUUAAAAAAAAGUCUAAAGGAAAUUUCAACUGUGAAAAUUAGGGCAUAGUUACCAACACGCAUGAGUUUCCCUGUGUUAGUAGAGUUGUUCCUGGACUCAAAUGCCAGUAAAAAGCCACUGUGCCAGAAAGGGCCAUAAUUGUUGCCUGCAGCUUAAAUAUAGGAUUUUGUUUGUUUCUUUGUCUUUCUUUCCAGUGGUUAAUUCCUCUGGAAGGUAAAAACUCUGUUGUCAUGUUAGUGGAUAAAAUGUUUGGAAUUAAAAUAAAAUGUUUUAGAUAAUGGAUUGUUUUGACCAAAAAAAAUUGAUUCUAAGGUUAAAUGUAUCUAAUUUUUUUUGCAGACAUCUUCAAAAUAUAUUCAGACAACUGUAGUUCACAUUUCUGAAGCAAAGACUUAAUAUUGAUAUAUCAAAAUCCUUACUGUUAUAGAUGUUCAGUUUAUUUUACUUUUUUCCUUAAAAAAAACUUUUGUUUACAUGGGGAAAGGGCUUGGGGGGUAGGGAGUGUUUGCUAAUUACUUUGGCUAGCUGAAUAGUGUGCCUUGGAUCCUUGCACAUUCUAUUUUUGCCAGUGCAGCAGCCAUCCAUUCUUUAUUCAAUGAAAUUCUGGGAUGUUAUUGUGUGCUGCUUUAUGAACAACAAAGAUAACAAUUUACAAGCAUGAGUAAGCCCCCAUAUUUCUGAAAUUUACCUCCACUUCAGCACUGUUCUCUGUGCAGUACUGAAUAAUAUUUAGUAUUAGCAUAUUACAUGAUUUGAAUUAACUUUGAUAACAUUUUCAAGGGGAAUCAUUUUAAAUAGUCCCUGGUAUUUUUUGAUUAAUAAAGAUUCUGAAAUUUUUUUGCACAUUUUAUAUGGUUUUAAUUUUCCAGCAAUAUUCUUUGUAACUAGUAAUCCCUUUUUAAUAUAAUUUAUGCUUAGUAUACAAGUGUCAAGUUUGUAGUUUCUUAAUCAUGCUGUAUUAAUUUCAUUACUGUUUAAUGCACACUUGACAAAAUAUUUAGCAUGUAAAAAGAAGGUUUUCAAAAACCUUCUAAUGCCUUCAUAUUGAAGCUGGUUUACUGAAAGCAAGUUGAGUGCCAUCUGUCUAGUACUCUCUGUGUCUUGUUACAUAAAACUACUGCCAAAAUCUUAGUAAGUGUGCUGUUAAAGUUUGUUGUCUUAAGCAUUGAUACUGAAUUGAAAUAGAGGUUAAAUAUAGAUGAUAAUGACGUCAUUAAUCUUCCUGUGUCUAUAUUUUACUAAGAUUUGGUGCCUUGUGUCUGUUACUGAUUCAUAUUUAACACUAAUCUUAAAAUAGCUAGAAAAUUAUUUUUACUUUACAUUUUAUAUAUAUCAGAGUAACAUAAAUUAUAAAUUUAUUUCUCAAAAAUCACCUAUUACAGAGGAUGUACUAAUUAUAAUAUCAUAGGUACGAACUAUUUUGUCAUGAUGAGAGGCUCAAUAGCUAUUGUUUUUUAAUUAGCCGAUUUCAUCUCAACUCCCUUGACUCAUAAAAUUAUAAAUAUAGAAAACAUGGUGAAUAAAUAGCAUAAUAACUCCCCAGAUUUUUGCAGUGUAAAUACCCAAAUCUCCCAGUAAAAUUCUUGGAGCAUUGCAGUAACACCAUGUUGGAUCACCUUGGAGCUUCAUAACUUUAACUAUUUCCUAAAAAUAUAUCUAUAUGUAUAUGUUGAUAAAAGCUACAAUGUUUUAGGGGUAUUUUGUAUCCAUAUAGAAUUUUUCAAAAUUAUUGUUAGUUAAAAUGUUUUUAAAAGCUUAUAUUAUUUAUGGAAUAUGGCAAAGACAUUUACAGUCCAUCAUUAAUCUAUGUGCUCCUGUUCACUUCCCAACCCCCUGUGGUUAGGCAAUGCCAUUUGACUACUUCUAGCAGAGAGAUUGUAAACAGAAUUGAUGUAUUAUUUCCAAUCUGGAGCAGUACAGCGUCCUGCAUGACCCUCCAAUUCUCUCUUUACCUGCCACAGUCACCUGAAAGCAUUGUGUGGCAUAUCUAGAAGAUGGAUACAAGGUGACUCUAAGUCACUAUUGGAAGAGACUCACACUAAAAAGCUUGAUGGAACUUGCAGUGGACGUUUUUGUACAGUGAGAAAUAAACCGUUAUGUGU